UGGACUGGAGAUUAUAUUUGGAGAGUUUGUAAUGUUGUGGAGCCAAUCUAUCAAAAUUUCGUGACUAAAUUAUUGAAAUGUCUAAUAUUAUGGUUUGUCUCGUUUCUCUAAACACUUCAAGUUUUUUUAGUAGUAAUUGGAUUCAUCAAUUUUAAGAAUCUUAAGAUUUUACUUAAGAAAAGAUGGCGUCUAUGCAAAAAAGGCUUCAAAAGGAAUUGUUAGCAAUACAAAAGGAACCACCUCCAGGCGUCAGAGUAAAUCCCGAUAAUAUAGGAUCAAAUUUGACGCAAUGGACAGUUGAUAUGGAAGGAGCUGUUGGAACUCUAUACGAAGGAGAAAAAUUUCAGUUAUUGUUCAAAUUCACUCAAAAAUAUCCCUUUGAUUCACCAGAGGUGACCUUCAUUGGCCCCAAUAUUCCUGUCCAUCCUCAUGUAUAUAGCAAUGGGCAUAUUUGUCUCUCCAUUCUGACUGAAGAUUGGUCUCCUGCUUUAUCCGUUCAAUCUGUGUGCCUCAGCAUAGUCUCCAUGCUUUCCAGUUGUAAAGAAAAGAAACGACCCCCAGACAACACUUUGUAUGUAAAAACAUGUAGUAAAAAUCCUAAAAAGACUAGGUGGUGGUAUCACGAUGAUUCUGUCUGACAUCAUGUAAAUUAGAAGACAUUUUAAAUUUUGACACGCUUCUAUUAUUAUUGAAGAUCUAAGGACAAAAAUUCUCAAUCCUGUAUAAUCUUGCACCAGGAACUCCACUAUGCAAGGAUAAACAAGAAUGAGAGACAGUUAAAAGCUUUUACUAUUAUUAAAUGAAAAUAUAAGUGCGUUUGAUGAAUUCAAGCAAUUGUGAAAUGAUCAAGUAAAAAAAAGCUAGGAAACAAUUAUCUAUGCAUGUUGUCUUUGUGAUAUUUGUUUUAUUUAAGUAUUUAAUUAAUUUGAUAAUUUUACAAGCUCAUUACUCUUGCAUGUGUGUUCCCAUGGCGUUGAUUCGACUUAUUUCAAAAUACCUUGAAAUUGGGCGUAUAAUUAUGCAGCUUGUUUUAUGCUCUUUUUCAUAGUGAGAGAACUUUAUGGGAAAGUAAAUAAUUCAAAUUCUUGAAUUGACUACUGAAAUCGAUGCUUAAAUUAGUUAGUGUAAUAUUUAUAAGAACAAUUUUUUAUCACCCUAUAUAGGGAGUUUUCUGUGAUUAUUUUUUCUUAUUCUAAGAUUACUGGUGCUUAUAUCACCUUUUUUUUUCUUUUCAAAUUUGAUUUGUUAAUGAAAUUGUAUAUAUGCAUGUUUUUCCCAUUUUUUUUUCUUUGUGUUGUGUUUAAUGCUCAUUGAACAAAUUUAAAAUUAAGUUCUUGCUGAAUGCAAUAAAUUCUACAAAUCUUGAGGUAAAAAUCUGUACCUCAGAGCCAGACUAGUGUAAGCUCAAAAUCGUGAUGUGCCAUUUAUCAGUGCAUUGUAUGUACAAUCCUAUUCAGCAUCAAACUAAUGCGAACAUAAUUCCAAAAAAAAUGUCUUUGUCAUUAUUUUCCAGUGUUGAAAGAGUGCGUUUCUCAUCCUUUAACGUUUUCCCCCCCUCUCCUGUAAAGUAGCAAUUAUGUGACUUACGUUAGUCUGGCUCUGAGGUACAGAAAUAUGGUAUCAUAAACUAUCAGGAAAAAUAUUUAUAUAUUUCAGUUUACAAUAGAGCUUCCGAAUAAAAAAUAAUUGAAGAACUUCAACCUAAAGCCCAUAACUAAAACUAGAGCAGCAUUAUAGCACAUAAUAAAUCCCUGAUUUUUAAAAAGUUAUAGUAAAUCUUUUAUUUUUUAUUACCAAAUUUCCUGAACAUCUUAUUCAAUAAUUUCUUGCUUGUGUGCAGGUUUUUUUUUUGCUAUGAACAUAAUUUUAUGUAUGGUAAUAUAAUGCAUUUGUUUUGCAUUCUGAGCAAGUUUCAUUGCAAAAAUUAAAAUUAAGGUAUUCAUUCAUUAAUCAUCUUUUAGGGACAAAAUAGCUGUAAGGUCAUUCCAAAUUUUAGAUCUCAUAUUUCUGUGUCAAUCCAAAAAAAAAAAAAAAAAA